UUCCAAUUAGGAUAGUUUCACUACCGAUGGUAAUAACAAAAGACAUCGUAGAUACAACAGUUUCAAAGAUUUAUUCCAAAAUUCCAGACGAUAACGGACUUAUCGUUAAUCAAAUGGAAUGGAAUAAUGUUCAACACAAAGAGUUUGUAUUCUAUACAAAACCGACACCAAGAAGGGACUCUUUCGGGAAAAUUUACUGUCUCCAACAGGAAUGUCAACCUCGGAUAGAAGCGUUGAAAAAUAUUCUCAUUAUGCUGCAACAUUCCAUAGAUUAUGCAACUACAACGGACGAUAAAGAGUCACUAACUUUGAGACCCUUUAUAAACGAUUGCAAAAGUAAGUAUAUCACGACCCUCGAACUUGUGAAUCAUGCUAUAACUCUUUAAAUUAGAACAAGUAAUAGUAUAUCUCAGAAAACUUCGUUC